AUGUCCACCACCACCCGUUCUAUCCCACCACUCUUAACACCCUACCUUUCUCUCCCCUCCGAAUCCUCUUUGAUUCUCCUCACCGGUGUAUUGGGCGCAGGUACAAAUUGGCUUUUAUUACGAUAUCUGAGUGCGAUAUUUUCAUCUACGGGGCAGAAAAAUGGAGGUGGAGAUGGAAUGAGUGAUGGGGAGGGAGAGACAAAAGUGGUAUUUUUGAGUUUUAUGAGGGAUAUGGGGUUUUGGAGAGAGGGGGCUAGGAAGAUUAAUCUCGACCUCGACAAAUUAACCCAACAAUCCCGGUUUCUCUUCCUCGACGGCCUCAGCUCCCUCCAUCUGCCCCAAACCCAACCUCCCAGUCCCAGCGCCGGGUCAGAAAUCCCCCUCAAAUCCCCCCUCCUCCCCUCCAUCUCCCUCCUCCUCAACAAAUCCAUCACCACCCUCUCCUCCACCCCCGGAAAAACAAUCCUCAUUCUCGACUCCCCCGAUUUCCUCAUCGCCAGUACUCCCUCCCCUGAAACCAUCACUCAGGAAUUAAAUUCCCUCCUUCUCUCUCUCCGUUCUCUCCCAGCCAUCCAUUCUACCAUCCUCACCCUCUCAAUCGAUACUCCUCUCCUCUCUCCUCACCCCCAAUCACCUCUCGCAACCAAUACCUCCGCAUUUACCACCACACUUGCUCACGAGGCAGAUUUGAUUCUUAGUACGAGAUUACUGGAUACAGGCGCAGCGAGAGAUGUAAGUGGAGUGUUACGAAUUACGGCGGGGGCAAAUCCGAGUGAGGGGAUGGAAGGGGUAGAGGAAAAAGAACUUUUGUAUUUUGUGGGUGGAGAUGGGAGUGUGAGGGUUUUUGAGAGGGGACAGUAG